UCAUUGUCCUUCAUUUUGGUUUUAAAGAAAAACCCUCACUGGGGAGGGAGAAGACGAAGAAGAGGAGGACGAUGGUGGGGUUUGAGAGCUACGUGGUUGUCCACAACAUAGCAAAGCGUCACAACGUCGGAACUCUAGCUCGUAGCGCGACGGCCUUCGGUGUCACGGAGCUGAUCCUCGUCGGCCGCCGUGACUUCAACGCCUUCGGAAGCCAUGGCUCCGCCUCUCACGUCCGUUUCCGCCACUUUCACUCCCUCAUCGAAGCUCGCAACUACCUCAAGGAUGAGAAAGAUUGCGAUAUAUGCGGAGUUGAGAUUGCAGAUGGAGCUUCUGCGGUCAAUGAACAUCCUUUCAAAAGAAGCACUGCCUUUCUUCUUGGUAAUGAGGGAUCAGGUUUAUCAGCUAAAGAGUAUGAGAUAUGUGACUUCUUUGUAUACAUUCCUCAGUAUGGCUGUGGCACUGCCUCCUUGAAUGUCACUGUUGCUGCUUCUAUUGUCUUGCAUCAUUUUGGAGUUUGGGGUGGGUUUUCUGAACGUGUCCGAGAUGGAAGCAAGUUUAUAGUCGCGGAUAGACCCUUAAGGCAAGGGAAACGGAAUAUCUGUGCUGGUACUGAAGAAUCCAUCGUUGAAGAGAGGAAGUUGAGGAAAGAAAGUGCGAAAAAUGGGUUCUUUGAUGAAGAUGGAAACGGGAAUUCAUCAUCUGAGCUUUUAAACGGUUUGUUCCUAAACGAGUAAUUGUCUUUGAUAGAAGAACAAAGUCUUGAUUUGGAUUCAUAAAUGAUCAAAAGCUCCUCACACUUGUUAGUUCCUUAGUUAAUCACUUAAUCUUGAUUUGUUGUUUUACCUUUUUGUAUGAGUAGAUUGUUUCAGGUGAAAGAAUCUCAUUGCUCACCGCUUUA